AUGGGCUCUCCCAUCUUGUUGCUUUCCUUUCCUUUCCCUCUGUUUGUUCCUAUCCUUUUAACCUCUUUCUUUUCCUCUUUUUAUCUUUUCUCUUCUUGUUCUUUUGAAUUUUUAUUUCUUUCAACACCCAACCCUCCUCAAUCUCUCUUCCCCAAUCAGUUUUUAGAAAUGGUUAAAAUCAACACUCUUCUGACGGGUUUCCUGUCGCUUGCGAGUGCGUCAGCUGCAUUUGUCAAGAGAUACGAUAACUCAACAUCUUCGUGUGUGCCAACAACGAUCUCUUCUACUUCGAUUGUUUCUGUUUACGGUCCUCAGUUUACUGGUGUGCCAUCAAAUAAGUACGUUGUUCCAACCGUUGUUGGUGACUUGGUUUCAAACGAUGCUCCAGAAUUCACCGUUUACAUUCCUCAGUCCUUGUACAAUUUAACCGGUUUGGAAUUAGAGUUAACUUCAGCGGUUGGUUUCGAUGUGUCACCAGAAUCUUAUACUUUAUAUUCAGGUGACAUUGGCGAUUUUGUUUACCCAGGCCAAAUUUAUGAAACAUCAAAUACUGGUUUGGUUUUUGACGGUAGAACGCAAGAUCCUUUACUAAAGAUUACCAUUAUUGGUAUCCCUGAAGCAAACCAACCAGUUUUCAUUGCUGAUUUUGUUCUCACUUUAGAUGUAAUUUCAUCAUCUGGCUUACAAAAGAGGGACACCUUAACUUUUAAUUUGUCAUUCUCUAUUAAGAAUUCGGCAUAUAUCUCCUCGUCUUCUGUUGCAUCAACAAGUGAAUCCUCCCAAGCUACUACUGGUGCUACUACUGGUGCUACUACUGGUGCUACUACUGGUGAAACUACUGGUGAAACUACUGGUGCUACUACUGGUGCUACUACCGGUGCUACUACUGGUGCUACUACUGGUGAAACUACCGGAGCUACUACCGGAGCUACUGGUGAAACUACCGGAGCUACUACCGGAGCUACUGGUGAAACUACCGGAGCUACUACCGGUGCUACUACCGGUGCUACUACUGGUGCAAUUACUUCUGAGCUCACUAAUGGUGAAGCUUCCACUAUUUAUGUCAGUUCAACUACCGUCAAAACCAUUACUUCUUGCUCUGACGACAAAUGUACCGAACAAACUCAAAAUGGUUUUGACGCUGUCGUUGUUACUAAGAGUAACGAUAUUAUCACCUCUUAUACCACUUUCUGUCCAGCAGGUGUUGAUACUCCUAGCGCAAAGACUAUGGUUUCUCUUGAAAAGACAGUCACGAUUGGUGCUACAGUUACGGUCAUUAACACCGUAUGUGAAGCAUCCGAAGGUGUUGUUGCAACUACCUUAACUGGUAGCGAGAAUGAUACCACUUUCACUACCGUGGUUACAUUAACUCAAAUCACUCCAAAGAGUAAGACAUCAUCGUCUAGCUUAUCACCUGCGGUAGCAACUAGUGCAUCUGCUCCUGUUGAACAAACCAAUGCUCCACAACAAACUACUGUUGCGACUGCGACGGGUGAAGCCACCGCGGCCACUUAUGGUUCGACCUCUGUGACUGUUCCAGCACAUACAGGUGAAUCGCAAUCCGCUGAAGGUGCAGUGUUUGAUUCAACCUCUGUCACCAUUCCAGAACAAACCGGCACGUCGUCUGAUUCAAUCUCUGUCACUGUUCCAGUACAAACCGGUGAUUCUCAAGUCUACGAAGGUGUAGCAGCAUCUAAUAAGGCAACAUCCGGCGCCUUAUUUGGUGUAAUUGGUUUGAUGAUGUUCUUAUAA